AUCGAACCUCGUUUACAAAGUUAGAAGAGUGAGUCCGUCCUCAACCAUUAGACUAUCUCUUAAUUGUGGAAGGCAUAACACCCAAGUAUUUUGACUGUUUUUUGUGGCACCACCGUUUCACCACGAAUAGUCACCAACUGCUCAACAAGAACAACAACAAUGGCGCAGCUUCACCUUUCUUCUUUCCAAAAUUCGACAACUCUUCUCUUCUCUCUUCCCACAAUCCCCAAAACUGUAACGCUCUCUUCAAUUCGGCCAGCGCAAUGUCCCUCCAGUUCUCUUUCCAUCUCCAACCGCCGCAAUUCCCUUCGGGUAACUGCCGGAACUGUUACCGUUGGCUCGGAAACUUCAUAUUCUGACACCAAAGACGGAAAGAAGCUUCUUCUUCAUGUUAAGGAUCUUACUGCUGUAAUUGCUGAAUCUCAACAGAAGAUUCUUAAUGGCGUCAACCUCACUGUUUAUGAAGGCGAGAUUCAUGCAAUCAUGGGGAAGAAUGGUUCGGGAAAAAGUACAUUCUCAAAGGUUCUCGUUGGUCAUCCGGAUUACGAAGUUACUGGAGGAACUGUGAUUUUUAAAGGUCAAGACCUGCUAGAAAUGGAGCCAGAGGAAAGGGCUCUUUCAGGGAUUUUUAUGAGCUUUCAGUCACCAGUUGCUAUUCCUGGAGUGAGCAAUGCAGAUUUUUUAAAUAUGGCUUAUAAUGCUCGUCAAAGAAAAUUAGGUCAACCAGAGCUCGGUCCCAUAGAGUUCUUUAGCCAUGUCUAUAGCAAGCUUGAUCUUGUGAACAUGAAGAUGGAUUUUCUGAAUAGAAAUGUUAAUGAAGGAUUUAGUGGGGGAGAAAGGAAGCGGAAUGAAAUAUUACAACUUGCGGUUUUGGGGGCUGACUUGGCUAUACUGGAUGAAAUUGACUCUGGGUUAGACGUUGAUGCACUUCAGGAUGUAGCCAAAGCAGUUAAUGGUCUCUUGACGCCAAGAAAUUCUGUGUUGAUGAUCACUCAUUAUCAGCGUCUUCUAGAAUAUAUAAAGCCCUCUUAUAUUCAUAUUAUGGAAAAUGGAAGAAUUGUGAGGACCGGAGACAUUUCUCUCGCGUCAGUCCUGGAGAAGGAAGGGUACAAGGCAAUAACAAGUGCAUAAAUAUGGCUUAGAUGACACGACUCCACCAGUUGAAUAGGAGCAACUGCUCAGAGUCAAGAACUGUUCCAGCACCAUCUGAUACGCAGGUUGCUACACGGUUGCAGUUUCUACGGAUAAAAAUUUGUACGGUGCCUAUUGCUGUCGUACUAAUGUAAUUUACGAGUAUGGCAGUGACUUUUUUGUUGCUAAUGUUCAUAAAACGUCUAAAUUCAAUGAUUCUUAACAGAAGGAUCCAUUAAAUUUUGUGACAUUUAUUUGAUGACAUUCACAAAAUUUGAUUCUGAAAUUCUCUGUC